AAGGAAUAUGGAAGUUCUUCCGUUGAAAUAGCGUUGGUCUUUCAUGUUGACAUUUCUCGCCUAAUCCACAAUAUCUGCAUACUUCUUUUGUAAAAAAUGUAGGAUUGGGUCGUGGAUAUAAUGUUAGCUAACCAAAACUCCUCAGCCCGAAGGAUAUAGUGACACUUUGAGCGUGUUGGUGAAAAUGAUGGUUUAAUGAGUACAAAAAUGAACAAUGGAAGCUACCAAGACAGAUUUGCGUCUGUUACUGGAAUGUCUGAAAUACCAGAUGAAAUGGCCUGGGUCACAGAAACAAGCUCUUCUCACAAUCAUAUCAAUCUGCAAACAAAAUGCUCAGUAUGUGGAGUUCUUUAGAGAGAUUGGAGGAAUUUCCUUCGUCUAUAACCUGUCAAAGUCCAGCACUUUCUCUCAGGUUAAAGAGACCGCUCUAUUUACACUUGCAUCUUUGGCCGAAUUACAUGAGAGCUGUAAACAGUCACUGUGCAGAGAGGAGACGUUUCGUGACUUAGCGCAGCAUCUGGAACAGAAUAUGCCUCUGACGGAAAAAAGAGUAGCGGUGUACAUGCUGUCUGUAUUGGUUGCCAACAACAGAUGUGGACAGACUCUUGCUAAAACCUCUAGGUGUAUUGAAACUUUGCUCAGUUUGUUCAGGCACAGUUUUCCAGAUUCUAACGCAUCUUACGAGCAGCUGCAGUUGUGGGCCACUGUGUCUAGUGCUCUCUGUGGCUCCGUCAACAACCCUCAGAAUGAGGAGAAUCAGAACGCAUGUAUGCACAUGUUUCCCCUGUUGAAUACCUGGCUGCAGGAAGUGGCAUUGCCCAGGGCAGAGCUGGCACAGCCUGUAUGCUCAUUUAUUGGCAUGACUGUUGCAAACAAUCCUUGUGCUCAGGAGUAUUUUGUAUCAGUGGGAGGCCUGGAUUCAAUCGCAGACACUCUCAUCAGAGUUUUGUCUCAGUCGGCGCACAGUGCUUCUGCUUGUAAGGUGGCUACAGUGAUCACUAAAACACUCUCUGCCUGCAUCACCAACAACGAGCAGUUGGUAUCUUCUUUAUCAAAGUUGAAGGUCAUUCCAGGGCUGUUGAGUCUGUUGUCCAGCCCAAACAUUGACCCACAAGACCAGCUUGCUGUGGUGUUGACAAUUGGACAGUUCACAGAUGCCUGUGCAGAGCAUCAGUCGCAGUUGUUGUCGGCAGGAGGUUUGCCUGUUAUGAUUUCCCUGCUUACUGAAGCUAGUGAUGAAGAGGUUAGAAAGGCAGCCAUGUUCGUACUGCACACCUGCAAGAGAAUCACUGAAUCAUUAGGUGCAGGCAUGUCAACUAUGGAUCUACAGGAGGAGAGUGACUUGGAGAGUCACUGGCGGUCCGCUGGAGAAAUCCUCCAGAGAAUACGGCAUCUGGAGAAAAAGAUUGGUGUGAAACUGUGGGAAAGGGAUGCUGAAAUCCAGCAAAGCAGCAAUCAGAGGUCGGCCUCAUCUGUGGAAUGUAAUGAGGCAUGGUGGGAGGGUUCUGUGAUCCGAAAGGUCAAAGGGUACCAUCGAGUAUGGGAGUUACACACAAACCCUGAAGGAACUCUAGAACAGCCAGUCACAAAUGAAAUACCAUACAGCAAGGAGAACUCGCAGUGUGUCAGCACUGAAGAGUGUUUGAGUCCUGUCCAAGUCACUCACUUUAAAGGCCCUAGCUGGGAAAAGGGCAACGAAAGAGAGCAUGAACAAAUGAGAGAGAAUGAGAGGAAUAUUGACAACCUGGAGACAAGGACAGAGGGAGAUGUGAAAACGAGAGACAUGGAGAGGAAAAAGCAGUCUAAAAGAGUGGCAAAGAGAUUUAAGAUAUUGAAUCUAGACUCUGAUGAUGACGAUGGCAACAAACUUCCACAGCACUGCAGCACACCAGUAGGGGGCGGCAGAGAUACACAGGGCCCAGAUAUUUUCAGACAUCCCGAUCCCAUGAAGAGAAACCAGAGCACACACGGUCACUCUGAUGAUGAGAUGUCUCUGUGCUCUGAGCUUUUGGACAGAGAAAUUAACAGGUUUCUGAAGCCACCAUCGGCCUCUAAACCCAGCAGUCUACGCUGUUCAGGUUGUGUGAAACAUAUGAAUGAGAUGGACAGUCGUACGUUUGGUGCUGUGUUGCGUAGCUGCAGGUUUCAGUGUGAAACGCACCUGGUGCUACGAGAGGCUGAGGAUCGAUUUAGGAGAAGCCAGCAGUUAAAGAGGACUAGCUACACUCUAACACACACUCACAUCAACACACAUGACAAAAACAGAAAGAGCACUAGUGAGGAUACAGAGAGGAGCAAGAGGGAAAAACACAGGCUGAGUCAUCAACCAUCAGACAGAUAUGUUAGGCUCACACCCCUGAGAAGACAGAGAGAAAUACACAGUGUUAGGCUCACACCCCUGAGAAAACCGAGGAAAAUACACAGCCCAGGCAUAAAACAGAAAAGAGAUCACAGCCAUCUCAAGAAAACCUCAGAAGACUGUCUUCCAAAAAAUUUUUCAGGGAGACACAGACAGAGGCAGAACUUUUCUGCUGAUGAGUUGCUUUACCUCGAUAUGGGUGUGAAGAGGUUUGGUCACUCCUGGAACUCCAUCCUCUGGACGUAUCCCUUUCAGCCUGGACGUACCAAUGUAGACCUGGCCAAGAAGUACCAACACAUGCAGAAAGCCAAAGCACGGGGUGUGGAUCUGUCUGGGGCAGGAGACACAUAAAACAUCACCAGCUGGACUCAUUUCUAGCCAUCACGAUUUGUUAUAUUUUAUUUGAUCAGUUAUGCAUUGUAUAUUUUUGUUGUAGAGUUUUGCUAUAUAACGCAGUGAUUUGUUAGAAAAUAACUUUAAGUUUUCCACUAGAGAAAAGGAAAAAAUAUUUAGUUUCAAAUGUUAUAUUUUCCCCUGUACUCCAUUUGCAAAACAAGUCACGUGGGUACCACAGUUACCUGUUUGUUUGUAUUCAGUCAAAUCCAUUUUAUUUGCAUGAGAGUCCACACUGUAUGUAUAUUUGCAGGUUUACUUGUUGUGCAACAGUAGAUCCCCUAGAGCCAUGUCAUCUAAAUUCAUUCCUCUUAUGGCUGAAGUACACAAAGCUCUGUUAUACAAGGAUAAUGAGGCAUGACAUUUCCUUGAGAUUCCAGCAAACGGAAGCAGAUUAAUAUUUCAUCAAAAACUUUGCUACGCGUUCAGUACAGCAAACUCAGUUCAAAGAUGUUUAUUUAUGUAAAGCCUAAGUUUCUCGGGAUAACAGCCAGAAAGUUAACCUUAAAAAAAAAAGUCCCACGAGACCCCUUUUUUCUGGAAAGAAUGUCGCCCCUCUCCCCAAAAGCUUCGCUGAGAAAACUAAGAGAGAUGGUGCUUGUUAUCUUCCCAGAAACUUCCCAGAAAACUCCUAUGUAUUGGGAUUGUUCAUGCACUUCUGUGUUGAGUUUUGGGUUUGUACUCCAAAUUAUUUCUAACAGCAGAGGCAUUGCUGUAAUAUUGAAUCAAGCUAUUUCCACAUAUUUAUGUUUUGUUCAAAUGUUUGACAAGUUACUUUUGCAUAACACAAACAUACUUGAUUGAAUACAAAAUACAGAUUGAGGAACAAUG